UUCAUUCUAGUCUUCAGAAUGGGUGAAUCCUCCAAAAACAAAAAUCCCUUUCUAGAGGCUCUUUGAGGCUGUUACCUCUCAGGCUUGGCCUGGAAAAGGGGGAUCCUCCAUUCUGAACCACUUCUCUUUCCUCCUAAAUCGCUCUUUCCAGAGCUGUAAAAAACUAGAUCAGCUUUCUCAGAAGCGAUUCGACACUCCCACCUCUUAAGAGGGAAGUAACUAGUUGUUGGACAGCACUUUAAAAGUUAUCUAGAAAUUGUGUGUAAAUCAUUUUUCUGCUAUUCUAAACCCAUCUCCCCGAACAGUCAGUAGUCCACAGGACAACGUCAGGAUUUACAGCAAAAUUAUUUCAGGGAUAUUGUCUUUAAAGUUAGUUAUAGUUCAGCCUGCCAGGACAGACUUCCGACUAAGAUUACCAUUGAGCUCUGCUAGAAAGAAUUGUUUCUGUCACUUCUGUCUGAUUGUAGAAUUUCUUACUUAUUACCAUAAGUUCUUUUUCAGAGUUAUAAUUUGGAUAUGAAACCACUUUUCUAGCCCACCUCCGGUAAGACUGUUGACAAACUGCUUGGAAUGGCUCCAAUAGCCUGCCUUACAAAAUGCUUUAGGUUCAAAAAAUUUCUUUUGUAAAUAUAAGGAAACUUAAGGCACAGGAAGUGAUUAGAUCAAGCUCACACAGUCAAACAACAAGGAAGAUGUCAGAGAUUUCCAUUUAGAUCAGCAACUUCAAAUUCUUACCAUGGAAAAUUCGGAGAAGACAGAGGUGGUUCUCCUUGCUUGUGGUUCCUUUAAUCCCAUCACCAACAUGCACCUCAGGUUGUUUGAGCUGGCUAAGGACUACAUGAAUGGAACAGGAAAAUAUAGAGUUAUCAAAGGCAUCAUUUCUCCUGUUGGAGAUGCGUACAAGAAGAAAGGACUCAUCCCCGCCCAUCACCGGGUUAUCAUGGCAGAGCUCGCCACCAAGAAUUCAAAAUGGGUGGAAGUUGACACAUGGGAAAGUCUUCAGAGCGAGUGGGUAGAGACUGCUAAAGUGCUAAGACACCAUCAAGAGAAACUGGAGGCUAGUAACUGUGAUAACCGGCAGGACUCACCUACUCUGGAAAGGCCUGGACGAAAGAGGAAGUGGACUGAGCAAAGACAAGAUUUUAGUCAAAAGAAAUCCCCACAGCCAAAAAUGAAAGGUAUGCCAGAGGUGAAGUUGCUUUGUGGGGCAGACUUAUUGGAGUCUUUUGGCAUUCCCAGUUUGUGGAAGAGCGAGGAUAUUGCCCAAAUUGUGGGAGGCUACGGGCUCAUCUGUAUUACUCGGGCUGGAAAUGAUGCUCAGAAAUUCAUCUAUGAAUCUGAUGUGCUGUGGAAACACCGGAGCAACAUUCAUCUGGUAAACGAGUGGAUCACCAAUGACAUCUCGUCCACGAAGAUCCGGCGAGCCCUCCGAAGGGGCCAGAGCAUCCGCUACUUGGUGCCAGAUCUCGUCCAGGAAUACAUCGAGAAACAUAAUUUGUACAGCUCGGAGAGUGAAGACAGGAAUGCUGGAGUUAUCCUGGCUCCUCUGCAGAGAAACACUGAAGAAGCUAAGUCAUAAGGAAUUCAACAGUGUGAUAUUUUGCGCGUCUCUUUGAGGCUUUGAGAAAACCUGGAUGUUAGUAACUUAGGAAAGGAGUUGUUAACUCUGUUUCAAAAACUAAAGCUUAAAAGUUUGGUAAAAAUCAAUAGAAAAUUAAAAUCAAGUUUUUUUUUCUUUUUAUCAGAAGUUAAGAUGAAUAUUUUCAGUAUCAUCUUUUUUUUUUAGAACGUAUGAAUUCCUUUAUCUACAAAACAAGAGAUCAGCAGCACUAAAGCCAGAGAAUAUUUCAUCAAACUAACUACAAAUAGGAAGUCAAAAAGGACAUCCUAGCUUUAGCACAUAAGAGAAGCAAAGUGUGAAAAACAAGAAUCCAUUAAAAAUCCUAACUUUAGUUACAAAGGGAAUUGACAGUUUAUGGGUGUCUGUUGCAGGGCAGUCUUCACCCAGGGUGACCAAAGGAAAGAAUUCUUAAAAUGAAGAUCUUAUAAAGUACACCAUUUAUCAGUCAUCUCCAGCCAUGCACAGUAAAGGCCGUGAGUGCACCUGGCAGGAACAUUACACCUAAGUUUCUCUCUAGCGCAUAAUGAGAAUGGCUGGUUAAGCUUUGCUAAGAUGCACCUGCCUGAAGCCCUACUUUUGGAUGUAGGGAAUGGGAUUCAAGCACCUGAGUGUUUGGACAGGUACAUCAGUGGUUUUGAUGCCCACUAGAGGUAGAGAAUCUCUGCCUUACACAUGUUCUACAUGCUGUCUAAGUAUAGCUCUGUUGUGGAUCCUGUGCUGGCCUGGCCAUCCCCAGUCCUUUAUCUUCAGGAACAAUCUCAGAGACGACAUCACACUAUCUGAAACAGAAAGAACCACAGAGAAUGAGGGGUCUCGUUCAAGGCUUAUAUUAAGUAUGACUGUUUCUGGCCUUUAUUGAUAGCUUAAUAAUCAAAAGAUGAGCAGAGACCCUAAGAACAGGAGAAAUGCCACAUCGGACAAGCCCAGUGCUCCCUCCACCCCAGAAUUUUGAACUGAUGAAUGUCUUAUGGAGAAACUCUCCAUGAUCUCAGUCAGAAAUUCUCCUGAGGUUCUGAAGAUGCCUGCCUUCUCUGUCCAACCCACUGUGAAUCUGCCAUUUGUGAAUUUAAGCAGAGAAAGGGUCUGUUUUCUUACAAUUUUUCUCCUCUUGACCUUUUGUGUGAAUCCUAACCAAAGUUGAACUCUCAAUAAUUAAAGUCAACAGCUUUAUGUUAAAAACACAAGCUAGUCUUUUGGUUUGCUGCUGAUUAAAAUUUUACCUAUUGGUAAAGCAAGAAGACCAAAAAUAGCUUUUUAUGGAAUAGUUUUAUAGUUCUUGAAAAUAGUUUAUGAUAGAAACAGGACUGAAGUUAAAUUUCUAAUGAAAACAACAGAAGAAUUUACCUUUUUGCAAUUUAUAUUUCAUACAUAGUCCACUCCAGAGGAAGGGUUUAUAAUUCUGCAGAAGAAGAAAAGUACUUACAACUAUGCAAUUGUAUAGUCAGAUCUGAAUCUAUAGUUUUAAAAAGGAAAAUGUUAAAUAAAGCUGGCAUAUGUAUAUUCUGUUGUUGUUGGGUGCUGUUGAAUUGAUUCUGACUCAUAGUGACUCCAUGUGACAGAGUAGGACUGCCCCAUAGGAUUUUCUUGGCUGUAAUCUUUAUGGAAGCAUACUGCCAGGUCUUUGUCUCGUGAAGCUGCUGGAUGGAUCUGAACCACCAACCUUACGGUUAGCAGCUGUUGUGCCACCACUACAGCUUCAGAAUUAUUCUUUCUAAAACCACUUCUCAAAGAGCAAGGGGUGCAAAGCCUGGUACCUAGUAGGUCUCCAUACUUAUCUGCUGAGUGAUAAAGAGAUCAACUAACUUUGAUUUCUUCUGGAAAAAAUAUACCUCGUUUAUCUGAUGUGUUGUGUGAAUUGCAGAAAGAUUCUAAUUCCGGAAACUACUUUUGUACUCUGGUGCCUUCCUACCUAGUUGUGCCCAUACCUUGCUUAGCUGUGAGUGUGUUGUUCUCAGGACCCACUGGGUAAAGCAUGUGGGGACCCUCCCGGGAGGCCUGGUAAUGAUGAAAUAUCCUAUUGUUGUACUAUUAAUGGACUGUCAACUUUGUACAUAGAACAAGCUGUUUGGCUGUUUGACCCAGUACUGAGGAUGCUGCUAAUGCCACAACAUAAUAGUAUAGUUUUGGAUGUUUUCAAGGGCAGAACUUCCUUUUUGGAUGAUGAAAAUUACAACAGUGAACCUCACAGGGGAGUAAAUAUUAAUGACUAUUGUGAAUUCCUUUGAGGAAGAAGAAAUUAUGCCAUGGUUUGUUCCCUACCACAUCCUUUUUUAUAGUUUAUUUUAAUAAUGUGAGUGUAAAGUUUGGGAAGUAUGUGAUGCUGGUGUUUUCUAUGUGUUGUACUCCUUUACCCCUUACAUUGUUUGUGUAAUUUGAGUGCAGUAAAUGAGCCUGCCAUCAAAGUACUUUACUGGCAGAUGGUUUUCAGGUGAACAUAGAACACCUAGAGAGCUUUUCUGUUGUUGUUUACCUGUUUAGUGGAACACCUGGAGAGCUUUUCUGUUGUUGUUUACCUGUUGGUGGACAAGUAUGAACAACAAACAUUUUAAAUAGAAGAGUGAAUUCUUCUUGGUGAUCAAGAUAUAGAGAUUGAGCCAAAUGGAUGAUUUUGGGUUUGUUAAAAGAAAAUUCUGACAAAGCUAAAAUUAAAGUAUUUAUUUGGUUUCAGAAAGAUUCAUGAACCAGGCAGCCUGGUCCCAGUGGGACCAUGACGUGCUCCCCAAACAAAAGCAAGCUGAAAGGUUAUAUAGAAAACGGAAGGCAGAGAGAAAGGCAAAACAAAGUAUUUUUCAUGUAUUUUGACUCAGAGCAUACAGAGAGCAAAGUGUACAGGACACAUAAACAUUUAAACUUAUCUCAGCUAAAAUGUUUAGGCAAAAUGUGUGCUUUAAGUCGAUUCCAACUCAUAGGGACCCUAUAGACAGAGUAGAACUGCCCCCAUAGGGUUUCCUAGGCUGUAAUCUUGACUGGAGCAGAUCACCAGGUCUUUUCUCUUUUGGAACCACUGGUGGGUUCCAACCCACCAGCACUUUCAGUUAGCAGCUGAGCACUUAACCAUUGUGCCACCAGGUCUCCUUCUCUAGGCAAGUAGGAAAUCAAAACGUGUGCAAGCAGAAAUGUUUGUAUGUAUGAAUAAGGUCAAAGGAGAUAGAAAUUUCAAACAGGCUUGGGAGGGCAGAGUGGAAUCAUUCAAGCUUCCUGUCUCCAGCUAACCUGGAAAAUAAAGUGCAGAUUUAACAAGUUCCACAGGUGAAAGGAAGGAACCCUAG